AUGACUAAACUAACUGGAAGCGCAAACUACAAGCUUUCCGAGGUGCAACGAAUGUUGACCCUCGUUGCCAAGUUCCUACCUCUCGGUAAAGACGAGUGGAAACGUCUCGCCAACUCCUACAACUCGAAUCGAGGCCGCGGCAUCGCCGAGCGCGACUACGAGAGUCUCCAGCGCAAGUUCAAGAUGUUGUACAGCACGCGUAAGCCGACGGUGUGGCUGAUAUGCCUUCGCACGUGA